GUUGAGGAAAACAAUAUGGUGAUGGAUAUCUCUGAAUCGGUGGAAUGCAAGUCUUCUGCCGAGGAUGUGGUUAAAGUGUCUGACCGAUGUGACUAUGUUUUUGUCAAUGGCAAAGAGAUGAAAGGAAAGGUGAAUGUCGUAGUGAACUUCACGUACCAGUAUCUUAGUGCCCCCUUGCGGCUUACGGUUUGGGUCCCACGCCUGCCGCUUCAGAUUGACGUGUCCGACACGGAGCUGAACCAGAUCAAAGGUUGGAGAGUCCCCAUUGUUUCCAGCCAGAGAUUGACGCGAGACAGUGAUGAUGAAGAUGUAGAUGACCAUAAGGGAAGAGGCUGCACCCUCCAGUACCAGCAUGCCAUGGUGCGUGUCCUCACCCAGUUUGUGGCAGAAGAUGCCAGCCCAUCAGGGCAGCUGUCCUACUUGUUGGGCUCCGACUGGCAGAUUGACAUAACAGAUUUGGUGACGGACUUCAUGAAGCUUGAGAAACCUUACGUGGCCCAGUUACAAGGAGGCAAGGUUCUGGUUGGGCAAGAAGUUGGCAUGACAAUGGUCCAGGUCCUUUCUCCACUAUCUGACUCCAUCUUGGCCGAGAAGACCGUGACGGUGUUGGAUGACAAAGUGACCAUCACCGAUAUGGGAGUCCAACUCGUAGCUGGGUUGUCCCUUGUCCUUCAGCCCAGCAUAGCUAGUCCUCAAGCUUUCAUGGCUACCACCAUAGCUCAAGACUUGCUCCACACUCCCAAACAGGAGGCCAUGGUGAGCUCCUGGAUCCAAUUCAGCGAUGGUGCUGUAACCCCACUGGAUAUCUAUGAUCCCAGAGAUUUCUCUCUCUCUGCCUCCUCGCUUGACGAAUUGGUUGUUUCGGCUCAUCAGAGCUCUACUGUCAAAUGGCCAGUGGUAGUAGCAGAAGGGGAAGGGGAAGGCCUGCUGGUCAAAGUAGAUAUGAUGAUCUCUGAAUCUUGCCAGAAAUCCAAGCGGAAGAGUAUCCUAGCCGUUGGCAAUGGAAACAUCAAAGUCAAGUUUGGCCAGAACGAUGCCAACCCUCAUGGUCUUGGGGAUUACAGUGCUGAGGAAAUUGAAAAUCAUGCCAGUGACCGGAGGCAGAAGGUGUUUGACCAGGAAGGACAAUAUUAUAGAAGCUGUUCUGAUGAACGAGAAGAAGGCCCUGGAAGGAAGACUAGUGUGACAGCCAAGUCUACAACCAAAAACAAAGUGUUCAAAAGUAUCCCUGAAGGAGAUAAACUCUCAGAUGAAGGUCUACUCCAGAACAUUCCGAUUGACUUCACCAACUUCCCAGCUCAGAUCGAUCUCCCCCAAAGCAAUAAUGGCAUGGAGGACAGCGACCUGGUUGAGACACCUAGAGCUCUUAGUGACUUGGAGACGGGGAUGUAUGCCCUGUUAGGAGUCUUCUGCCUUGCCAUUCUGGUCUUCCUAAUCAACUGUGCCACCUUCACAUUGAAGUACCGUCACAAGCAGCUUCCCAUGGAAAGGGAGACCUCCAUGAACCACUCUCAUGACUGGGUGUGGCUUGGGAAUGAAAUGGAGUUGUUGGACAACCCAGCAGAUGUCUCACCUCCACCAGAUGAGUGCACCACAAUCAUAGACCAAGGGAUAGGCUUUGAUGCGGGCAGUCAACUCCUCGUUGGCACACCCAAAAAACUCCCGAGUCAAAGCAGUCCAAAAAUUCAACUGGGGGACAAGCAAAUCAGGGACCUGAAGCAGGAACACCCUUUGCAUUCGCCCACCUCCAAGCGGAAGCGGGUCAAAUUUACCACGUUCACCACCAUCCCUCCAGAUGACGGCUGUCCCACCGUCAAUUCCAUCCUCAAUUGCAACGAAGAUGACAUUAAAUGGGUUUGCCAAGAUAUGGACCUGGGAGAAUCGAAACAGAUCAGGAACUACCUGGAGAAACUCAAAGACAAAAUGUAGCAUCACUCUGGGUUUUAAGAGUUAACAGCCACACCUUGAUGCCUUCAGAUGCAUUCAAAUAUGUGAAUAAACAAAUAUAUGCAUGAACUGGAGUGGGCGC